AUGGCCUCUCGGUGGCCCGGCCUGAGCUCCUCCAUGCGCCGGAGAUCGCUCCAGAACCACCAGCCGCUGGAGGAGAGCGACGGGCCGCAGCCUGCGGCCGGCCAUCCCGGGGCCUCCGGCGGAGCCCUCGGCUCCCUCUGCAGACAGUUCCAAAGGAGGCUGCCCCUGAGAGCAGUCAGCCUCAACCUGGGGGCCGGCCCCUCCUGGAAACGCCUGGAAACAGCAGAGCCAGAGCAGCCGCAUCUCCAGGCUGCAGCCCGCUCAGCGAAGAGCGCCUUGGGUGCCGUGUCCCAGAGAAUCCAGGAGUCCUGCCAGAGUGGCACCAAGUGGCUGGUGGAGACCCAGGUGAAAGCCAGGAGGAGGAAGAGAGAGACCCCGAAGGGCGGUAGCCCCCCGGCUCGCAGCCUGAGCCAGAGGAGCACCCGGCUUUCCGGAGCCGGCCCUGCCCGCUCAACUCUGGGCCGCCGCCCAUCCUCCCAGAUGGGCCCCCGGGCCCACCCUCUGCGGAGAUCCAGGAGGGAGGCCGCCUUCCGGAGCCCCUACUCCUCUACAGAGCCCCUCUGCUCCCCCAGUGAAUCCGACAGUGACCUCGAGCCUGUGGGGGCAGGAAUCCAGCACCUCCGGAAGCUGUCCCACGAGCUGGACGAGGUCAUCACGGCUGAAGAGAGCGCCGACAUGAUGGUUUCUCUCCUUCGAGACUGA